CAGUAUUCAUAAAAGAAAAGAAAAGAAAAGGAAAUACUCAAAAUUUUGGAUUCAAUUUCAUGCUCUGUGUUUCUCUAUCAUUAUUUUUCAUAUAGAAACUGUACAACUUGGAGACUUCUUAACCACCUUGUUUAUGCAUUUAAUCAGGUUGAUAACUGUGUGAUGUAGAAGACAGAGGUCAUAAAUUGCGGCGCGCGGAUAUGAGGUGUAGCUGUUUUGGAGGACCAAGGGUAGAUAGUAAAAAUGGGACUGCUGCGGGGACUCUUCAUGGUAUAGAUGGUGAUUUGCUUCAGGAUAUUAAUCAUUUGUCCUACAAGGAAUUAAGAUCAGCAACAGAUAACUUCCACACAAGCAAUAAGAUAGGACAAGGAGGUUUUGGUACCGUCUACAAGGGAACCCUCAAAAGUGGAACACAAGUUGCUGUGAAGCCACUUUCUGCUCAAUCAAAUCAAGGUGCGCGGGAAUUUUUGAAUGAAAUCAAAACUAUAUCAAAAGUUAAGCAUCCAAAUCUUGUUGAGUUGAUAGGGUGCUGUGCUCAAGGAACUAAUCGGAUUCUAGUGUAUGAAUAUGUAGAAAAUAACAGCCUUGAUCGUGCAUUGCUAGGUUCAAGGAGUACAGAUAUUAAACUAGACUGGGGAAGAAGAUCUGCUAUUUGCUUGGGUAUUGCUAGGGGUCUUGAUUUCCUUCACAAAGAAGUGGUUCCACAUAUUGUGCAUAGAGACAUCAAAGCUAGCAAUAUACUCCUUGACAAAGACUUCAACCCAAAAAUUGGAGACUUUGGGUUGGCUAAACUGUUCCCAGAUAAUAUCACCCAUAUUAGCACAAGAAUUGCAGGAACAACUGGUUAUUUGGCACCAGAAUAUGCAUUGGGUGGUCAGUUAACAAUGAAGGCUGAUGUAUACAGCUUUGGGGUCCUUAUCCUUGAAAUAGUUAGUGGCAGAAGUAGUGCAAAACCAAGCUGGGGAGGGACGCAGAAGUUACUCUUAGAAUGGGCAUGGCAGCUUCACGAAGAAGGGAAACACUUGGAACUUGUGGAUCCAGAGAUGGGAGAGUUUCCCGAGGAGGAAGUCAUUAGGUACAUAAAAGUAGCCUUUUUCUGCACCCAAUCAGCGGCAAACCGAAGGCCAAUCAUGACCCAGGUAGUUGACAUGCUCUCGAGGCAAAUCCAGCUAAAUGACAAGGAACUAACUGCUCCAGGUUUCUUCCAAGAUUCAGACAGUCCCAGUGGGGGGCCUUCUUCCACGAAAGGAUCUUAUGCCGAUUCUACUCGCUACCAGAUGAGCUCUGUUCCAGUUAGAAUCACUGAGGUGACCCCCAGAUGAAGUAUAACCUAGUAUUUGCUAUUAAGCAUCAAAAUGUCCGAGGUGGAGAACAACAGGAACUAGUUACUAGGGCACACGUAUUUCAUUACUCUUUAUCAGUGUUCAGUUAUAGGUUCACACACACAGUUCAUUUCUAGGAAGAUGAUCAUACUCGAUGCCAGGCUUCGGUUCAACUAGCAGUGCUAAUUUAACCGUGGGUUUAUUCCCUAAUUUUUUUUUUUACUUAAUUUUGAUAAUCAUAAAUAAUCUAUUUAAUUUUGUAAUUAAAAUAAAUUUACUUUUGGGACC